AUGGCCGUGUGUGCAUACUUCAUUUUGAAGAUCCCUGCUGGAGCCAUGAUGUCUGGGAAGCUGUUCUCUGCAAGACCACGGUGCGUGCUGGAGGGCCUGGGGUGCUGGACUCAGGCCCCACGGGCAGCCCUGGGCCGGCUCCCCCUGCAGCACACCGCUCCCCGGCUGCUCUCGCUCAGUUCUGCGGACAGCGCCAAGGAACCCUCCAGAAAGAAACUGCUCUCCGAGAAAAAACUGAAAAGCCAUUUCGUGGACCAUCGCCGGGUGCUUGUCCGAGGGGGACGCGGAGGCGACGGGGUGAGCUGCUUCCACAGUGAGCCCCGGAAGGAGUUUGGGGGUCCCGAUGGUGGCGACGGAGGCAGCGGUGGCCACGUCAUCCUGAAAGUCGACCGACAACUCAAGUCACUGUCCUCAGUCCUGUCCCAGUACCGGGGCUUUGAUGGAGAAGAUGGUGGCAGUAAAAACUGCUUCGGGCGAAGUGGCGCUCUCCUCUACGUCCGGGUCCCCAUGGGCACUUUGGUGAAGGAGGGGAACGAAGUUGUGGCUGACCUCUCACGCCCCGGGGAUGAGUAUGUGGCUGCUCUGGGCGGGGCAGGAGGAAAGGGCAACCGCUUUUUCCUGGCCAAUGAUAACCGCGCGCCCGUCACCUGCACCUCCGGGGAGCCUGGGCAGGAGCGGGAACUCUUCCUGGAGCUCAAGACCAUGGCCCACGCUGGCAUGGUCGGAUUCCCCAACGCAGGCAAGUCCUCGCUUCUCCGGGCCAUUUCAAACGCGAAGCCCGCCGUGGCUGCCUACCCGUUCACGACCUUGAACCCUCACGUGGGCAUUGUGCACUAUGAGGACCACCAGCAAGUAGCAGUGGCGGACGUGCCGGGCAUCAUCCGAGGCGCACACCAGAACCGCGGCCUGGGGCUGGCCUUCCUCAGACACAUCGAGCGCUGCCGCUUCCUCCUGUUCGUGGUGGACCUGGCGGUGCCGGAGCCCUGGACCCAAAUCGAGGACCUGAAGUAUGAGCUGGAGAAGUACGAGCGAGGCCUGUCUGAGCGGCCCCACGCCGUCGUCGCCAAUAAGAUUGACCUUCCUCAGGCGCGAGCCAACCUGCCCACGCUGCAGGCCCGCCUGGGCGGGAAGGCCAUCGGCCUGUCGGCGCUCACGGGGGAGAACCUGGAGGAGCUGCUGCUGCGCAUCAAGGAGCUGCAUGACGAGCACGUGGCCGCCAGCCGGGCGCAGGGCCACCAGCUGUUCCGGUGGUAG